ACAGACUUUGAUUGAGACGUUUCGGAAAAUUGAUACGUUGAAGGACCUAUUUCGUCGUGGGACAGGGCAGAGUGAAGUACCGUAGAGAUGCUCCUGUUCUGACAAAUUGGAAGGACUCUAGUGAUGGUGGUGACCAGGACCUCUCAGAGCACUUCAUGAUGAUGGGGGUCUAGAGAGACUCUCCCACUGCUGCUGGGAUGAGUGACACUCAGGAGAGAGAGGAGGCUGCAGGUCCCAGUGAGACACUCAGACCAGAGUCUGCAGCACACGGCUGUGGAACCAUCAAGAAUGAUGAAGACAUGGCUGAACCUGGGUCACCAACACACUCUGGUGGAGGACCAGAUAAACAAAGAUCUCCAUCUGCAGCACCACGCUUGGAGAGAAGGGACUCCAUUGAGGGUCAUCCCGACUUCAGGGGUGAACAACCACCCCCUGAAUCAGAACCAGAUAAACAAAGAUCUCCAUCUCCAGCGUCCAGCUUGCACAGUGAUGACUCCAGGGAUGAUGGUCCUGACUUCAGGGGUGAACCACCACCCUCUGAAGCAGAACCAGAUAAACAAAGAUCUCCAUCUCCGGCGUCCAGCUUGCACAGUGAUGACUCCAGGGAUGAUGGUCCCGACUUCAGGGGUGAACAACCACCCUCUGAAGCAGAACCAGAAAAACAAAGAUCUCCAUCUCCGGCACCCAGCUUGCACAGUGAUGACUCCAGGGAUGAUGGUCCCGACUUCAGGGGUGAACAACCACCCUCUGAAUCAGAACCAGAUAAACAAAGAUCUCCAUCUCCAGCGUCCAGCUUGCACAGUGAUGACUCCAGGGAUGAUGGUCCUGACUUCAGGGGUGAACCACCACCCUCUGAAGCAGAAUUAGAGGAUCCAAGCUGGCCACAGCAGUUCAAGAAUAGGUUAUAUUUUUGGAGUCAUCGAGCCUGCAGUGAAUCACACUCUAAAUCCAUUGUAACUCGUCUGGCAGAGAGCGACAAGACACAAGAAAUUGUUGCUCCAGAACAGAAACCAAAAGUAUCACCAGCAAAAGUCAGUUCACUUCAGUGGAGCAGACCAGGUAUUGCAUGGGUGGUGCCGAUAAUCCUGGGUAUCCUGGUGUCACUCUAUGCCGGAUUUUACCAAUUUCCCCAGCCUGAAGAGCAAGAGAUUCACAUGGAAUUCAGCCUGCAACAGCCUUUUAUACCAGAGCUGGCAGAUACCUCCUCACCACAGUUUAAGAGUUUGGCUGCAGAUGUUUCAACAGUGCUGAACAAAAUGUACUCUGAACAGUUUGGAUCCCAUUUUAUUGGCACACACAUCAAUAGUUUCAGUGUAACUCGUCUGGCAGAGAGCGACAAGACACAAGAAAUUGUUGCUCCAGAACAGAAACCAAAAGUAUCACCAGCAAAAGUCAGUUCACUUCAGUGGAGCAGACCAGGUAUUGCAUGGGUGGUGCCGAUAAUCCUGGGUAUCCUGGUGUCACUCUAUGCCGGAUUUUACCAAUUUCCCCAGCCUGAAGAGCAAGAGAUUCACAUGGAAUUCAGCCUGCAACAGCCUUUUAUACCAGAGCUGGCAGAUACCUCCUCACCACAGUUUAAGAGUUUGGCUGCAGAUGUUUCAACAGUGCUGAACAAAAUGUACUCUGAACAGUUUGGAUCCCAUUUUAUUGGCACACACAUCAAUAGUUUCAGACAAGGAUCGGUUGUUGUGGAUUUUGUCCUGAUAUUCAAAAAGAUUUCGCUGAACACUGACAAUGUGACAUCCAUUCUGAAAGAGGCCGUUGCUGAAAAUCGUUCAGAUGUUUCUGUGCUUCCCAUCAAGCUCAACAGUAUAGUUUAUAAAGAGCUGCCUUUGGCUACACUGACUGUAGAGCCCCAGAGUCCUGUGUUCAUUGGAGAGACGGUCACUCUGAAGUGUGUGAUAGAGUCUCUCAGUGGCUGGACAUAUAAGUGGUAUAAGGGGUCCAGCAGCACACCAGUGUCUGAGGGAAACACCUUCAUCAUCAGAGGAGCUACUGAGUCUCAUAAGGGCCAGUACUGGUGUCAGGGGGAGAGGAGAGACAGACCCAAAUCACAACCAAGCGGGAAAUUAACUCUUGAUGUUAACGAGCUGCCUUUGGCUACACUGACUGUAGAGCCCCAGAGUCCCGUGUUCAUUGGAGAGACGGUCACUCUGAAGUGUGUGAUAGAGUCUCUCAGUGACUGGACAUAUAAGUGGUAUAAGGGGUCCAGCAGCACACCAGUGUCUGAGGGAAACACCUUCACCAUCAGUGGAGCUACUGAGUCUCAUAAGGGCCAGUACUGGUGUCAGGGGGAGAGGAGAGACAGACCCAAAUCACAAAUAAGCGGGAAAUUAACUCUUGAUGUUAAAGAGCGGCCUUUGGCUACACUGACUGUAGAGCCCCAGAGUCCCGUGUUCAUUGGAGAGACGGUCACUCUGAAGUGUGUGAUAGAGUCUCUCAGUGGCUGGACAUAUAAGUGGUAUAAGGGGUCCAGCAGCACACCAGUGUCUGAGGGAAACACCUUCACCAUCAGUGGAGCUACUGAGUCUCAUAAGGGCCAGUACUGGUGUCAGGGGGAGAGGAGAGACAGACCCAAAUCACAACCAAGCGGGAUAUUAACUCUUGAUGUUAACGAGCGGCCUUUGGCUACACUGACUGUAGAGCCCCAGAGUCCUGUGUUCAUUGGAGAGACGGUCACUCUGAAGUGUGUGAUAGAGUCUCUCAGUGGCUGGACAUAUAAGUGGUAUAAGGGGUCCAGCAGCACACCAGUGUCUGAGGGAAACACCUUCAUCAUCAGAGGAGCUACUGAGUCUCAUAAGGGCCAGUACUGGUGUCAGGGGGAGAGGAGAGACAGACCCAAAUCACAACCAAGCGGGAAAUUAACUCUUGAUGUUAACGAGCGGCCUUUGGCUACACUGACUGUAGAGCCCCAGAGUCCUGUGUUCAUUGGAGAGACGGUCACUCUGAAGUGUGUGAUAGAGUCUCUCAGUGGCUGGACAUAUAAGUGGUAUAAGGGGUCCAGCAGCACACCAGUGUCUGAGGGAAACACCUUCAUCAUCAGAGGAGCUACUGAGUCUCAUAAGGGCCAGUACUGGUGUCAGGGGGAGAGGAGAGACAGACCCAAAUCACAACCAAGCGGGAAAUUAACUCUUGAUGUUAACGAGCUGCCUUUGGCUACACUGACUGUAGAGACCCAGAGUCCUGUCUUCAUUGGAGAGACGGUCACUCUGAAGUGUGUGAUAGAGUCUCUCAGUGACUGGACAUAUAAGUGGUAUAAGGGGUCCAGCAGCACACCAGUGUCUGAGGGAAACACCUUCACCAUCAGUGGAGCUACUGAGUCUCAUAAGGGCCAGUACUGGUGUCAAGGGGAGAGGAGAGACAGACCCACAUCAUCACAACCAAGCGGGAUAUUAACUCUUGAUGUUAAAGAGCUGCCUUUGGCUACACUGACUGUAGAGCCCCAGAGUCCUGUGUUCAUUGGAGAGACGGUCACUCUGAAGUGUGUGAUAGAGUCUCUCAGUGGCUGGACAUAUAAGUGGUAUAAGGGGUCCAGCAGCACACCAGUGUCUGAGGGAAACACCUUCACCAUCAGUGGAGCUACUGAGUCUCAUAAGGGCCAGUACUGGUGUCAGGGGGAGAGGAGAGACAGACCCAAAUCACAACCAAGCGGGAAAUUAUCUCUUGAUGUUAAAGAGCGGCCUUUGGCUACACUGACUGUAGAGCCCCAGAGUCCUGUGUUCAUUGGAGAGACGGUCACUCUGAAGUGUGUGAUAGAGUCUCUCAGUGGCUGGACAUAUAAGUGGUAUAAGGGGUCCAGCAGCACACCAGUGUCUGAGGGAAACACCUUCAUCAUCAGAGGAGCUACUGAGUCUCAUAAGGGCCAGUACUGGUGUCAGGGGGAGAGGAGAGACAGACCCACAUCAUCACAACCAAGCGGGAAAUUAACUCUUGAUGUUAAAGAGCUGCCUUUGGCUAUACUGACUGUAGAGCCCCAGAGUCCCGUGUUCAUUGGAGAGACGGUCACUCUGAAGUGUGUGAUAGAGUCUCUCAGUGACUGGACAUAUAAGUGGUAUAAGGAGUCCAGCAGCACACCAGUGUCUGAGGGAAACACCUUCGUCAUCAGUGAAGCUACUGAGUCUCAUAAGGGCCAGUACUGGUGUCAGGGGGAGAGGAGAGACAGACCCACAUCAUCACAACCAAGCAGGAAAACAACUCUUGAUGUCAAAGAUCAAGAUUUUGGAGAACUUGCUGGAGGUGUCGGGGGAGCAGUAGGAGGAGCAGCAGGAGGAGCAUGUGCGGGAGCAGCACUAGGAUCACUUGGUGUUUUGGUUGCAGGCCCCAUGGGAGCAGCUGGAGGAGCAAAACUAGGAGCAUACAUAGGAUGUGUUUUGGGGGGUUUCACUGGUGUAACUAUAGGAGCACGAGAGGGAUACAAACAUGGGGGUGAACGUGGAGGAGCAGCUGGUGGAAGAGAGGGUGGAGCAUGUGUGGGAGGAGCACUAAGAGAGGCUGUGGGAGCAGCUGCUGGAGCAAUACUACGAGCAGAAAUGGGGGGUUUCAUUUCUGUAAUUGCAGGAGCAAAAGAAAGAUACAAACAUGUGGGUGAACUUGAAGGAGCAGCUGGUAGAGAGGCAGGAACAAAGGCAGAUGAGAAAUUGGCUGAAGGAUGGGCUGGCAAAAUGUUUGGAAGAGUAAUUGAUGACAUCAUAGACCUAGGUGGAACGAUUGGAGAAACAGUGGGUGAAUAUAUUGGAAGUGAGACUGAAAAAUGUAUAAAAAAGAUAGUAAGAAAAUGGAAUUAAGGGGCUGCAUGUGCAGGAUAUUUCACAACUCUUCUCUCAUAUUGUUAGCAGUAUUAUUUGCAGAUGCCACUGAACUGAUCUUAUAUUUUUGUAUUUGGAAAGAAAUGUUCAAUCUUUUUUUGUUUUCAGUAAUAGAAAUUGGCUAUUACUAUUGAAGCUAUUUAUUGAACCUAAUGGCCCAUGUGAAUUGGUGAUUUUGUGGGGGCUUUAUCAUGCAGUGAUCAUUACUUCCGCCAAGGAGGUUAUGUUUUCAUCUGGGUUUGUUGUUUUGUUUGUUUGUUUGUUUGUCUGUCUGUUUGUUUGCAAGAUAACUCAAAAAGUUAUGGAUGGAUUUCGCUGAAAUUUUCAAGGAGGGUCUGAAAUGACCCACGGAUUAAGGACCCGUACGAUUACAUUUUGGGAGUGAUCGAGAAAUGGUCUAUGUUAUGACUGUUGACCUCUUAUGAGAGUCUAUCAGAACUCUUGACAUCAAUUUAUAAAUUGUCUAGUAUCUACCCAUGUAAUUUAUGCGCUGAUAUGACCAUGUGGCCUUAUGUAUGUUGGGGCAGACAAAACGCAAACUCGAGCUGAGAAUAGCAGAACAUAAGGCAGCCAUUAGAAACAAUGUUCUCACAUAGUCAAACAGCUCUUGAGAAGAGAAACGCUCUGGAUAAAUGAACUGUCUAUUAUUGAAUGCUAUGGUACGAACAAAUCACAGCUGUUUUCUGUAAAUGUGGGUAUUGACUAUCAGUUUCA